AUGGCCCCGGCCUCAAAUCCCUUUCUCAUUUGGUCGUCAAAGCCACACUCGCUGUUGGUACCAAUUGUGUGGCCAACCGAAAUCCCACCGCUUCUCUCCGGCCGCGUCACAGUCUAUAAUUGGGUUGAAAAUGCCAUCUCCACCUCCACAACCAGGUCAUGCGUAUCUGCACAAAAUGCAACCAAAAAUGCUGGAAGAUGUCAUGUUUUAGCUUUUGGUGGAAGGAGGCUUGUCUUGCCGUUGCCAUCGUUGCAGAGACGCAAGUUUGCUGAGUCCUCGGUUCGUGUCAUCCCACUUGACGGAGUUCGGUGGAGGGUUUUGUGCGGGAGGCAGACGGUGACAACAAGAAGGCACGAAUCCGUUUCAUUCGACUCUUCAUCCCAACUCAAAAGAUCCAACAAAUCAGAUUAUUGCGAGUUAUUGCUUCUCUUUCGCGCUAUUUCAGGCCUUCCUUGGCCACUUCACGGCUCGGGUGUUUCGGCAAUCAUGUCUUUUUAUCAUCUCAUUUGGCUCCUUCCAAAAGAAUGUUCCAUUUCAAGAGAUGUUUUCACACGAGUUCACUUAACCUCGCCUCCAAAUGCGUAUUCUCAUUUCACUUCGGACUGGACGACAAUUUGCUCUGCAGCCUUCCCAAUGCAAAUGGAAUCCGAUUAG